CGUUCAUCCAGAAACAUUCGGUCGUCCGUCUGUCCGUCAUCGUCUUCGCCGUUCGACACAUGGGCACACACAUAUUACAUAGCCGCAGUUACACGGUUUCCUAAGUUUGGCAAACGAUCAAUUUCAUUACUCACACUUUUCUGUUGGAAUAAUCUGGCGUAUUACCGUCGACUAUCUGCAACAAAAUUGAUCAUUGACUAUCUGCGUUUGAUAAGCAAACCAGUAAACUACUGUCGGCCAAUUUUAUACAUAUAAAAAAAGUGCUCAAGUGGGUACAAAAAACGAAAUUAUAUCAGUGAAAACUAUUGGUCACGUGAUACCGGUGAAUGUUACACUAUAAGUACUAGCGAGCUGCGUAUUGGAAGGCCGGCCACAGGUAGUGACCUCGGCAUUGAAGUCUCUUCGCCGAGACAACGUCGUUCAACAGUUAUCGUGUGUACGACUUCCUGACUGAUGGAAAAAUAGCCGCGUUGUACAAAUGAUUAUUAUUUAUCACUGAAAUUAACUAUUUAUCAAGUAUAGAAAUAUAGUGUUAAAUCGCACCCGAAAACCGCACAGUUGUUGUUCUCACUACCGGACUCAUCGGUUCAUAAUUGCUUUUGUUCUGCAGUGUGAUAUACCUACACUUUAACAAAAUGGAAAAGCCGUGUCGGUAUGACUUAUCCGCAAUUAAAAGAUCACUGGAGCUGGCUGAAACUCUUGCUAGUGUUAGCUUAAUGACAUCUCCAGCUGCAAAACGACGUUUACAAGCAAGAAGUGUUGAAUUAGGAUUAAGACCAGGCCAACCGUAUGAACCACCCAGAGAAUUACUUUUGUACUUGGUUAGGAUGGGAAGUUUUACAUCUAGUGUGAAAAUUGACAAUGAAGAUUCCCAAGACAAGGAUUUAACAUUUGAAAAUCAUGUGACCUACCAACAAUUACUUGAAUACUGCCGUGCUUAUGAUAAUCAAUGGCCUAACUCACAACUCAUAAAGAGAACAUUUACAUCAAUCCCAUACGACCCAGAUAGUGUAGAAGGAAAUCCUGUAAGAGUACUUCAGUGGAACGUUUUGUCACAAGCAUUGGGACAAAAUAAUGAUAGAUUUGACAGUUGUCCUUUAGAAGCUUUAGAAUGGAAACACAGGAGAUGUCAUAUGCUCGAAGAAAUUCUGAGACAUAAUCCUGAUAUUAUUUGUUUACAGGAAGUUGAUCAUUUUGAUUUCCUCAGCAGAGCUCUAGCCACACAAUCUUAUAGUGGUCUAUUUGUACCUAAACCAGAUUCUCCAUGUGUGUAUAUAAAUGAUAAUAAUGGACCUGAUGGUUGUGCAAUAUUUUACAAAAAUGAUAAGUUUGAUCUAUUAGAAAAGCACGAUAAAAUUUUGCAAGUAUGGACAGUGCACAGUAAUCAGGUGUCAUUACUAUUGAUUCUUCAAGAUAAAAGUACACAAAAAGAAUUAUGCGUUUCUACUACUCAUCUAAAAGCUCGUAAAGGAGCCUUGCUAUCAACCUUGCGAAACGAACAAGGAAAAGAUUUACUGCAAUUCAUAUCUUCCCAUGCUGCUGGCCGUCCAACAAUUGUUUGUGGUGAUUUUAAUGCAGAACCUACAGAACCCGUUUACAAUACCAUGUGCAGUUGUUCUUAUUUACCACUAGAUAGUGCAUAUAAAUUGUCUGGCUCAGAACCGCUGUACACUUCUUGGAAGAUUCGUGGAGGCGAAGGCGAAGUUAAGCAUACCAUUGACUACAUGUUUUACACUAAACAUAAAUUAACUGUUAGUAACAUACUAAACAUGCCAAAAGAAAUUGAUAUUGGUGAAAAUAGAGUACCAUCUUUGUCUUAUCCAUCAGAUCAUUUUUCUUUGAUAAGCGAUUUUUAUUUUAACAAGAAUACAAGUGGUUGUGAUUAAUUUUAUUUAUAUUAUUUUAUUUCAACAAUAGUAUUUACAGUAGAACCUCAUUAAUCCGGACAGCCAUUUAAGGCUGUUUUUUUGUUUAUUUUAGAAUAGAAUAAACAAGAAAGCAAUUUUUGCAAAUUUCCCACAUAUUAUUGCAAUUUAAUACCAAUUAUAAAUUGUCAUUUAUGUUAUCUAAUAUUCGAUUACGGUAGUUGGUUGCCUGUUAGUUAUUAUGGUGUGGAGUAUUUCAUAUUUUACAUAUUAGUACAUUAAAUUUUAUUCAUUAUUAUUUAUAAUUUACAUACAUACUGUGAUGUCGUUAAUUAAAUCUAGUCGAGGUAAAAAAACCAUAAAACAUCAGCUGUUUCUUCAAAUCAGUAUACCAGUAUAAUAAUUAUAUGUAUUUACUUAAUAAUGAUUGUGUAGGGUCUAAUACUAUGUAUGUAUCUUGUAUAUUAUAAUAUAUAUUCUUGAGUCUAUAAUACACAUACGUUUUUUUGGUAAUUUUGUGUAAUUCGAAUUUUUAUUUAUCCGAACAACCCAGAGUCCCAAUUUGUUCAGAGUAAUGAGGUUCAAAUUGUAUUGCACUUUUUCUCUUAAAAAUUAUAAUGUAAAUCAUUUUUGUUUUAAUAAGGAAUUGAGUAUUGACAAUAUAACUUAUUAUAAAUUAUUUUAAAGUUUGGUAAUGUUGACCAUUUAUUGUUAGUUCAAUAAUACUUGCUUAAAAUAUGUGUACUAUAUGUAUUCAGUUUAAAUACUUAUUUUUACCAUUUUACCAACUUUAUUUUGUGAGCACAAUGAAGGAACUAAAUAACCUUUAUAAAUUUUAAGUACUGGUUGAAUUUACCAAUCAAGACUAAAAAUAUAGUAAACAUAUUUAUUUAAAAGAAAA